AGCGACUCUAGGUUUCGCGAUUGAGAUGAGUCGUCUACGCUCUCCGCAUUUAGGACAUUGUUACUAUCGUUGCCGGUUUCCUACCAAAAACUAACGGAAAACCACUCGCUUGGAACCCAUUUCACUGCAGAAUAACAUCGUAAAAAGUCAGUUUCUUGUUGGAUUACGUCUGGUGCAGAAUUCGCGUUUUCCCCGUAUUUGUUUUUUAACCGUGUAUUCCCGCUCUUCUUCGUUGCUCGUUAACCUCUGAAGAAUUCAAAUAUCUUCACGGACAGUUUUUGGACGGUUGUUCGAAUUGUGACGCACACGAGAAUCCUUCGUUCUUUUUGGUCAAUCUCUUUCGUUGUUUUUACACGUGCACACGCACACAUACACAUAUACACACACAGUUUCGUCCCUCGUUUGGGUCCCUCGUGGCUGUGAUUUCUGGAAAUCUUCUGUUUUAGGUUGUUUGUUUCGUUCUCUCAUUUUUUAUUUGCGUACAUUUUUUUAUUAUGAGUCAAAAACCUGCCUCGAGCGACAAGAAGUCGAUUAAUGGUUUUGAAAGUAUGGACGAAUACAGUCCCGAUGAGGAUUGGUCGAGUGAACAUGCCCAACGAGAGCUUGAGCAACGUCUUCGCCGUCCUAGUGUGACCCGAAAAUGGCAGCAAAGCAGCCAUACAGGUCCCAGCAUCACACGCCAAUAUCUGGCCGAUACGUUUAAAGAUGCUAUAGAUCUUGAGGAGGUGCCCCGAGGUGUUGUCCGGCAAGCUCAGCAGCUGAACGACUAUGUAUUUCCUUCUCAUCGACUUCGUCAGACGCUGGCCGACGAAUCAAAGAUACCACUCAUUCUGGUCGCUUGUGGUUCCUUCUCCCCUAUCACAUACUUGCACCUCCGCAUGUUCGAGAUGGCCUUAGACACAAUUCACGAGCAGACAAAUAUGGAGCUCGUUGCUGGCUACUUUUCUCCCGUAAACGAUCAUUACAAGAAGCCGGGCCUUGCUCCUGCGUUCCAUCGCGUCCGUAUGUGUGAGUUGGCUUGUGAACGUACUUCCAGCUGGUUGAUGGUUGAUGCAUGGGAAAGCUUACAAACCUCGUACACUUGUACGGCCCGAGUACUUGAUCAUUUUAAUGAGGAAAUUAAUGAAAAGCUUGGUGGCAUCCGGUUAAAGGAUGGCACCCAACGCAAGUGCAAGAUCAUGCUCCUGGCCGGUGGUGAUCUUAUUGAAAGCAUGGGUGAACCAGGCCUGUGGGCGGAUACUGAUCUUCACCAUAUUUUAGGCAAUUACGGCUGUGUCAUUGUAGAGCGAACAGGCACUGAUGUUUGGGCCUUUUUGCUCGCUCACGACAUUCUGUUUGCUUAUCGCGGGAACAUUCUCGUCAUCAAACAGCUUAUAUAUAACGACAUUUCUUCGACGAAAGUGCGACUAUUCAUUCGACGUGGAAUGUCGAUCCGCUACCUCUUGCCAAACUCUGUUAUUCAGUACAUAGAGAAACAUGGUCUAUAUCGUGAUGCUGAACCAGUCAAGGCGAUCCUCAGUAAAUGAUCGUUGAAUUUGCUCAGGCCAGCACACACGGGAAUGAAUAUGAACACUUCUCGAAGUCUUGGUGUUAAUUUACGAAUGAAUUAGUCGCUGCUGUCUAUGCUAUCGCAAAAUCGAGGCAACUGUGCUGGCUGCAAAUAUAUGUGGUGCCGUUGGGAUACAAGAUAUACCACCUUGUCGUACUGGUCGUACGCAUGGUAUAUGAGUGGACGUUCCUCUAUCCGCCGACUAUUACUCGCGUAAGGUUGUCUGAACUUUUUAUGGUGCUCGAUGCGACAAAUAUUUCGGAGCAGGCGAUGCUCAAUGGAAUGCUUUUUCGUUCCGGCAGUUUCAAGGAAACGCAAUGUGUUUGCUAUCCAUUCGUCCGACCAAAACCGUUCAGGCAAACGGAACCCACUACGAAGUAAUUCUCGGAAAGCAUUCCAUUCCUUCCAAUGCGCUGCACGAAUUCCAGCCCGCCAAAGAGACCGAAACGCCGACCUUCGGAAGGCAAUUUUGGAUAAACACUCCAUUUCUCCCCUUACUAGCUGAGAACACUUGUAAAAACGCUCCCGCAAAAGAGGUUGGUUAAAGGAGCGGAGGAGUGAACCCUCUGCCUUGUCUAACGGCACGAUCAUACUAUAGAACUUUCCCCCGUACAUCACUCCCCUACAAGCAAAUCAUUGACCACUGCCGCUCCAUACAAUUCUCCCCCAAUGUACACAACAUUCACGCGGAUACCACACAUUCCAUUUAAGCCUUAGCAAGGGCGACACGGACCUCGUUACGGCGUUGCUUCUUGAGGCGCAUGACGGCAAAGCGCUCGAAGUCGUUGAGUUGGCUGCGAACCUUUUGGGUCUCGAACUUCUUGGCCCAAGCAGUAGCUUGCCACUUCUUCUCAACCUCUUGAGCCUUCCACUUCUUGGCAACGAUGCCACUGCGAGCACCACGGGGAAGGUCCAUGACAAUGGGAGUCAAGAUCAAGUCGUUGUAGUUGAUGACUUGACGGGCAACCUCGUCAAUAGGGGAGUCAACAACGGCCUAUUCAGUGUUAGUGAUUAUAACUCAAAACCUUUUACAGCCGAAUUAACCGAACGGGGGAGAACCACACACAACAAAAGAAGCUCCGAACCAAUUUGCAUUUUUCCGAAUUUUUUUAUUUUUUUUUCCUUUUUUUCCGUUCUUGAAACUUGGGAAAAAAUACAAAAAAAAAUAAAAAAAUUCGGAAAAUUCACAAGUAUAGAUUUGAAGCUUCCUUUCCAAGCAACAAUAGUCCCUCGCGUCUCUGAUCAUUCUCUCUCGCUCAUCUUCCAACAUACUCUCUUGUGGUCAACAAUGUCGACAAUAACAGCGAUCUUGCUCGUGUUCUUAACGAGGACAACACGACCAACCUCAACGUAACGCUUGAAUCCAGCCAUUCUUGUAAUUUUUAAGAUGCUCGGUGCUCCGAAUGUGUAGCGUUCCCGGUAUGCGUUUCCCCCUGUGUUCGAAAAUAUUGGUGUUGUGGUCGUGACUGUCUUUUUCCACCACAACAUAUCCACAACAACACGGUCUUAC